UCUAUUUUGACAGAUGGAGUGAAGUUGGCUUGUUGUUGGCUAUGUUAAUGUUUUGCGUUUCUCUCAAAGUUAAAAAUAAUAAUAAUAAUAAGUUCGGGCGUGCUCUUACGCAAUACUUUGCUAUACUUAGUUGUAAUUUAUUUGCAGAAAAACGAACAUAAUAAACUUUAGCGGUUUAAGAGAACCGUUAAUUUUGCUGCGAGUCCAGGCUAUGCGAUCAGGAAUGAGAAUAUUCAUAUAUAAACGGUAGCAUUUUUUUUAGCAGGCUUAUUCCAAGAAAAUAUAUACCAUGUCAAUUCUGAACGGCAUUUAAAGACGGCCGCGCUCCAUGCGAGUUAUUUUUUUGUGGUUAAUAUGGCAGCGAGGAAUUAUAUCAAACAGACCACCUUUGCCUCAAGUUUGUUCAUCAUUUCUACAAUGUGACCGAUGUACCCACGUAUUUGCCACUAGCGAUAACUCCUGUCGUAGUUUAGGCUGCAAUUUAACACGUAGAAGUGAAGACAGUAUGAAAUGGUUUGCAUUUUUUAAAUCCAGCCUAACUGCGCUGACAGACUUGAUGUGAGCCUAUUUAUUUGCGAUAUGCGUGAGUCGUUUUUGAUGUUGCGAAAUGACAAUCAAAUCGCUACAAUGUGGCAUUCUCUAGGUAGAGAAAUACUACGACGUUCAACGGACAUUUGUAUUUGCACAUCAAACAUUGGUUUGAAAAUGAUUGAACGCUUAUAUUUUAUUAAGAUAUUAUAAACAUUUAAAACGAAGUGUUUUUAUACUAGGACAAUAGGCUUAUUUGAAUUCAGCAGGUGGGAAAAUGUGUUGGUAUUCAUUCUCUGCACAGUCCAUAAUGUUUAGGCUAUAGCCUACUAAUAGCCCUGUUCUAACAAUACACUUCAAUUCUGCACAAACCUAUAGGCCUAUAUAUAUUGAUCAAAUCAGGAUUGGAAUUUGUGUAUGAACUUGAGAAAUCCCAAUGUAAUAUCCCAUUUCUGUAACUGCUUGUAUUAUGGUGGGUAGGCUAUAAUACUGUUCCAUUCAGUCAUACUGUAUAGUCUUGAUGUAUACGUAAUCAACUAGAGGCUGAUUGUGACUUCCUCCAGACUGUAGCAGCUAGCUAACAUUUCCCAGCCAAAGGCAGGCAGGGUGCCAGGGCAUGGAGACAACCAGGAAGAACCAACACAUACAGAGCCCAGAGCUGCUGGAGGAGCCAAUGAAACAGUAUGAGAAACACGAUAAAGCCAGAGACACGCAUAGAGAGCCAAGCAGGAGGUCCAUGAGAUUCUGAGAGAGUACGAGCUCAAGUACUGCUUUGUGGACCGCAACAAAGGGACAGCGUUUGUGACCCUGCUGAACGGUGACCAGGCUCAGGGUGCCAUCCGCUCCCUCCACCAGAGCAACAUGCGUGGCCGAGACAUCACGGUGCAGCUCCAGCCCACCGACUCCCUGCUGUGCCUCACCAACCUGCCCCACACCUUCACUGCCCAGCAGCUGGAGGAGCUGGUCCGUUCCUACGGAAACAUCGAGCGCUGCUUCCUGGUCUACAGCGAGCUCACCGGACACUCCAAGGGCUACGGCUUCGUGGAGUACAUGAAGAAGGACUCAGCGUCGCGGGCGCGGUCGGAGCUGCUGGGGCGACCGCAGGGGGACCGCGCGGUCAUGAUCCAGUGGACAGACGUGAACCAGCUGACCGCGGGUCACCACCUCCACUCUAAGUGCCUCUGUGUGGACCGGCUGCCCCAGGAGUACGAGUCGGAGGAGCUGAACCUGCUGUUCUCUGAGCGCUACAAGCCUGUCUUCUGCCAGCUGGCCCAGGACGAGGGCAGCCCGGUGCGUGGCUUCGGGGUGGUGGAGUAUGAGAGUGCAGAGCAGGCGGAGGCCAUUCUGAUAGAGAUGGACAAAACACUGGUGGGAGGACAGGAGAUCCGUCUGUCUCUCUGCACCCCCGGAACCUCAGGCAGGAGCACAUUGGCCGCGCUCAUAGCUGCUCAGGGCGUGAUGUUGAGUAGUAAGAAGGGCUUACUGCCGGAGCCCAACCUGGCCCAGCUACUGAACAGCAUGACCAACCCCGCAGCCCUACAGGUCCUCAUGAGGCCCUAUCACACUGGGAAACGAGGAGGGAAGUACGGGCGGCACCCCAGCCUUUCUCCGUUCCUCAGACCCCCCCUCACAGCAGCCCUGCUACAACUGGGGAAGGUACAGCAGAGUGCCAUGUUGGGGAACGGGCUGGUUCUGCAGAACCUCCUGCACAUGCAGCUGGCCCAGCAGCAGCUCUUACACAUCAAAGACAAGCACAUCAGCAAUGUAUCCAGUCUGCUGGGCGACCCUUCUCGUCUCCUCCUACAGAAAGCCCUGGGUCUCAGACCUCCAGCCCACAUGACCUUGGGCAAAGGUCUGCUGGGUGACUCCCCCAUCGAGUUGGGUCAGGAGUCAGCGUCCAGUCAGGCCACGGUGUCAGCAGCGGGCAUGAUGCCCUACCUGCAGGCGCGGGCACACCUGGGUAUAGCCGGGGUAGGGGAGCUGAACGGGGCCUGCAUCUCCACCGCAGCCUCUGACAGGCAGCCAGCGCCUCCUGGGACCACGAUGCACGUUCAGCACCAGGGACAGAGCUACUCAUUGGGAAUGAGCAGCCCGGGGCUGGGCCCCCCUCCACCCAAAGCUCCAGGGGCCCACCAGCUCGGCCUAUACAGCCACAGUAGCACCGACAGCAGCGCAGCUAGUGGAGCUCCCAGCUGUCAUAUCUCUCUUCUGGGUGAACCUCCUAAAGAGAUGAAGCUGCCCUCCAACCCCUACCUGAAUCUAGCUAGUGUGUUACCUGGCAUGGUAAUGCAAGCCCCGGCGGCCGGUAAAGUGCAGGCAGGACAGUCUCUGGCUGGGAUGUACAGCAGUGCUAUGCCACCUGUCUCCCAACCCUCCACCUCUCACGCCCCAGCGCCCUACAGCACAGAUACCUCUGCAGACUACAGCCAUUACAGCCAGGCAUACUCACAGGAGGCCAUUCAGCAGUGGUACCAGCACUACCAAGCACAAGCCCAAAGCUACAGCACCGCCCCCCAGGAGAGCCAAGCUGUGGACUACGCCAAGGAGCACACACAGCAGGCGGCGGCGCCGUCCUAUGGGGAUUACAGCUCCUACAUGCAGGCUGUCAGUCAGUACUAUUCUCAGCCUCCCGUGACCCAGCCACCUCCCCAGGCUUACCAGAACAGAGAACCCACCAAGGAGGCUGACGUGUGUAAGCCGCUGGGUGUGUCUCUACAUGCGGUCAGUAACAGUGGUGCCCAGUCGGCGCUGCCAGCCUACAGCACCAUCCCUAUGAUGCCAGGCUUCAUGACUGUGCCACCUCCCUCCACACACACACUCCCACCCAGCCCUGUCACACACACUCAGAGUGCCCACGCCCAAGCGGCCAGCGAAUGGAACCAGUAUUACUAUAAUCAGGCUCGGGGGCAGAAGCGAGAGUACCCUCACUUGGCAGUGCAGAAUAUGACAUCAGAGGGCGUGUAUGUGGGGCAGCACUCCCAGGGGCUAGGGGGGCAGUACGCUGACUACUUCAAGAAGAAGAGGAUCUAGAGAUGACCUAUGACC